AUGGACAACUAUUGCUCUGAGGCGGAGGGACGAGGGGAGCCUGCGAGGGAAUCCACGGCCGCCGUCUUCGCCAUUUCGGGCAGAGAUAACCAUGGUUUCGAGGGAGACUCCGGCAACCUCAAGCAGCCGCCUCCUCCAGCCCGAGCGGAGCGGGGAGAAGGAGCCCAGCAUCCUUCAGGAUAUAAUUGGCAGGACAGUGCAACGCCAAAAAAAGUUCCUCUCGACGGCGAGGAACAGCCCAAAGUUACAUGCCAAAUGGUCGCGGCGCUGGUGAUGUCGCUGACGCAGCUGGCCAUCGGCACCAUCUACGGUUUCCCUGGUGUGACGCUGCCCGAGCUCACCGAUCCGAACACGACAGGCCUAUUCCUCGACACAACGCAAGCGGCGAACUACGUAUAUUCCAGAACAACAACAAAUACUACUACUAAUGCUGCUGCUACUGUUGCCGCUGCUUUUACUAGUACUAGUACCACCUUUACUAUAGGCAGCAUGGCAGACUUGGGCGGCUUCUUCGGCUCGGCUCUUGGUUCCGUUUUGCUCCUGAAGUUUGGCCAGAGGAUGUCACUGCUCCUCGGCCUGCCAGUCACUGCGGGGGCCUGGUGUGUACUCGUGUUUUCACAGACUCCAACGUUGAUUCAGUCCAUGAGGUUCGUGGUAGGGUUAACCGGGAGCUUCAUGUUACCUGCCGGGACGAUGUACAUGCUAGAAAUCUCUCACAAGAAGCUCCGUGGUCUUCUCUUUGGCAUCGUGACGACUAGCAGACAGGUCGGUGUUCUUUUCGUAUAUGCUGUCAGUUGUUUAAACCUGGGUUGGCGUUACACGGGGCUUGUGUGUGCGGGGGUGUCUCUCGUUCCCGUCGUUGGUCUUUUCUUCCUGCCUAAUUCACCGCGUUGGUUGGCCACACAUGGCCGCGUCGACGAGGCUGAGAAGGCCCUUAUGUUCUAUAGGGGGAAGCUGUAUGACUGGAAGCACGAAAUGAACGCCAUAACAGACCAGGUGGGACAGAAUGCUCGGCAAAAUAACGGAUUCUUGGCCCAACUCAGGAUCAUGAGGGAACCGUCUACCAUGCGAACUCUCGCCGUGCUCAUCUUUAUAUCACUGCUUUGCAAUUUCAGUGGGUAUACUGUACUAGUUGCAUAUGCCGUGCCAAUCUUACAAUCGGCCAACGUAAAUCUGGAUGUCUAUGUUAGUGCCGUAGUGAUCGGUGCUGCCAGGGUAAGUGGCACUCUCGUUCACCUGACAAUUGUGGACAAAAUGGGUCGGAAACCUUUGCUGAUUUCUGCGUACACUGUAUGUGGAUUUAGCAUGGCCGUUCUAGGAUGUUUCCUCUAUAUCCGAGACAAUUUCGGAUAUGAGUAUAUAGACCACAUAGGAUGGAUUCCUCUCGCUUCCCUCGUCGUCUACGUCUUCUUCACAGGCGUUGGUCAGCCCGUUGUUUUCAUUCUUCAAGGUGAACUGCUUCCCACUGCCUUCCGAGCCGCUGGUGUUUCCAUGGUAAUGAUUCUCGUUUUCUUGGGGAGUUUCGCCGCCAUUCGCACGUACUCCCUGAUGUCUGGGGUGAUGGGUGAGCACGGAGCUUUUUGGUUCUAUGGUGGAAUUUGCCUGACCAUCGCUACGGUUGGUUGCCUAGCCUUGCCUGAGACCAGCGGACGCUCCCUAGAGGAAAUCACGGGCAAGGAGCACCAGAGAAUGCGAAAGGCUACUGAAAAUAGUUUCAAAUUGGGAACCACUAAUUCUAAAGUAUGA